AUGGUGAAUAAAUAUAAAAAAAAGACGACGCAAGGUACUUGGAGUAGAGACGUUAUGCAGACUGCAAUAAAUUUAUGUAGGGCUGGAGAAUCUAUUAAAGGGACAGCCAACAAAUAUGGACUUGCGUAUGCUACCCUUUACAGACAUGUCAAAAGUGGAAACGCUUCCGCACAGCUCGGUCGAUUUCGUCCUACAUUCACGGAGGAUCAAGAAAUUGAACUGGUGACAUACCUGCAAGAUAUGGACGCAGUUUUUUUUGGCCUUACUCGGGAUGAAUUCAUGAGUCUAGCAUUUGAGUAUGCACACCGCAACAAUUUGCGUUACCCUGAGAGUUGGAAUAAAAAUAAAAAAGCUGGAGAAGAAUGGCUGCAAAGGUUUUUAUCACGUCAUACCAACUUGACACUAAGAACUCCAGAAUCAACAUCUGUAGCGAGGCUGAAAGGAUUUAAUCGCCGCGAAGUGAGCCAUUUUUAUGAAAAUCUUGAAUCUGCCAUUGAGAAAAAUAACAUUGAAGCCUCCAGACUAUACAAUAUGGACGAAACCGGAAUAUCAACGACCUCAAAUAGGCCUCCAAAGGUUAUCUCCGUAAAAGGGAAAAAACAAGUGGGUAUGAUUGCAAGUGCAGAACGCGGCCAAUUGACAACCGUCAUCGGGUGUUGUAAUGCUGCUGGCAGUUUUCUUCCACCUUUCCUGAUUUUUGCAAGAAAGAAGAUGCAAGCAAGGCUUCUUGAUGGUAGUCCUCCAGGGACUCAAGCAACGUGUACUCCUAAUGGCUGGACAUCAGGGGAAGUCUUCUUGAACUGGAUCCAUUUUUUCGUAGAGCAAGUGAGGCCAACAGCAGAUAAAAAGGUUCUACUAAUAUUGGAUAACCAUGAAAGCCACAAAUAUUAUCCUGCACUUGAGUAUCCACCAAGAAUAACGUGGUAA